UGCCAGCGGAGUGAGCGCGAGUGGUGGGCCAUCGUUCUCGUGGGGGAGUGCGUCGCCCUCGCCCCCUUCCCGGGUCAACGCUAGUUUAGCACAGCGAGCAACAUCCGCGAGUCAAUAUUCGGGUUUUCGUGAUCAUCAUUGCCGCCGCAAGAGCAUUAUAGUGUUUCAUAGAAAGGACAGUGAAACGAGAAAACGGCAAGAUAGAGAAAGUGGAACCUUGAGAACGAGAGAGAGAGAGAGAGAGAAAGAGCAGUGCCGUAGUGUGUAACAAGGUGGGCCCGUUGAGAAUGUCCGGGCGAGAAGCGAGCGCAGGUGCAGCCCGGCCGCCCGAGGCACAUCUGCUCGUAACCGCAGCAGCAGGCCUCAAUAAAGCUCGCGAGUAGAGAUAACCUCUCUAGCCGACAGCUAAAUUACAAGCUGCUCAGGCAGCUUCGAUCGUGCGAGAGAGCGAGCGCUGCGCGUCCCGCACACUUUCCGAAACGGAGUGAACGAGCGAGCGAGAGAGAGACAAGCAAGGACAGGCGUGCUGCCACUGUCGCGAGGAUGACGGCGUCGAGGAUGCGUGCCUCCUGCCUUCUCAUUCUCCUGCUCGCCGAGGUAUCGAGGUCGGCGGACUUGGCCAUUGAGAUCCCGGGUAAUUUGAGCCAAGGCGGAGCAUGGUACAGGCUCGAUUACACGCCGAGGGUUGGGCAUCCACCGCCUAACUCGACGAUCGCCGCCACGGAGAUCGGCGACGUGAUAAAAUUUCGCGACGGCCUGCCCGGCACUCGCUACGAGUACUGGCUCUACUACAGCAACGAAACGCUUCACGACUGGCUGACCUGGACGGCAUCUAUUACCACUGCACCGGAUCCGCCGUCCAACCUGACGGUGUCGGUGAAGAGCGGCAAAUCGGCGGUUGUACACUGGGAGCCACCUCGCCACGGGAAUUAUUCGGGCUUCCGCUUGCGAGUACAGAGUUUCAAUGACGCUUCGAAUCCUUGGACUUCGGUUAUACCAGCGGACGCUGCUCCCUACACUCUGCGCGACCUCACGCCAGGCGCCACCUACUCCCUUCAGCUCUUCACGGUCCUCGACACCAAGGAGAGUGCCGCCUACACCAGCAGAAACUUCACUACCAAGCCGAACACUCCAGGAAAGUUUAUCGUCUGGUUCCGCAACGAGACGACAUUGCUAGUGCUGUGGCAACCGCCUUAUCCAGCUGAAAUUUACACUUAUUAUAAAGUUAGCAUAGAUCCUCAAGAUGCCGCUGAAUCCGUCCUCUACAUUGAGAAGGAAUCAGAACCACCGGGACCGGCUCAGGCAGCUUUCAAAGGUCUUAUUCCUGGUCGAGCGUACAACAUUUCGGUACAAACAGUAUCCGAAGACGAGACAUCAGCACCAACAACGGCUCAGUAUCGGACAGUGCCGCUUCGACCGUUAAACGUAACGUUCGACAAUUCGUCUGUGACGUCAACGUCAUUUCGGGUAUUCUGGUCGCCACCCAAUGGCACUUCUGAGUUCGACAAAUACCAGAUUUCCCUGGCAGGCAAUCGACGUUUCACCCCUGUAACGCGGAAUCGUGAAGACGACACCAAGUGGGACUUCAAGGACCUCGAACCUGGCAAAACUUACCAAGUCGUUGUCAAAACUUUCUCGGGAAAAGUCUCUAGUUGGCCUGCUAGCAAAGAUGUGACGCUUAGACCCCUGCCGGUUCGGGAUCUUCGAGCGGAUAUUGACGACCGCACUUGGAUGGUCGAAGUUUCUUGGAGUCCAGAAAACACCAGCACACAAGAUUCCUACAAAGUCGAAUAUCACGAAGUUGAAGGAACUAUUGGCGGUGACAGUAAUUUCUUAAUGACCAACAAGACAAGAAUAACCCUAGAAGCUCUACUGCCAGGCCGAAACUACUCAAUAAGCGUUCAGGCGAUCAGCAAUAAGGUCGAGUCAAACGAGACCAUCCUCUAUCAAGUAACCAAACCUUCAAGCCCGAUAAUUGAGGAUCUAAAGCCAAUCGAGAGGGGUCUGAACAUUUCGUGGAAGAGCGACGUCAAUUCGCGUCAAGAGAAAUUCGAGGUGACUCAUAAUCGCAACGACACGGGUGAGAGCGCGACAACUUUGACCACAGAGUCACAUAUCGUUCUCGAGGAUCUUUACCCUGGUGCCGGCUACGAGGUCAAGGUCUUUGCUAUAAGCCACGGUCUCAGAAGCGAACCCCACGCCUACUUCCAAGCUGUCCUGCCACAUCCACCGAGAAAUCUGAGUAUCGAAAAAGUUACGAGUAAUACAGUGCUGGUACACUGGGAAGCGCCUAUCGAUUCAAUAUUUACAGAAUAUGCAAUAAGAUAUAGAACAGAGGAUGAUCCACGCUGGGUAAAACUUCCAAGUGUGAAGGAAACAGAAGCCGAAGUUGCCGAUAUGACGCCCGGAGAGCGUUAUACCAUACAGGUCAAUACUGUGAGCUUCGGCGUCGAAAGUCUCUAUCCACUGCAAGUCAAUCAUACUAUUCGUCCAAAUCCGGUUCUUAAUAUAACACCCGUAAUCGAUUCGACGAAUGUGACACUCGAAUGGCCGCGUCCCGAAGGUAGAAUCGAAUAUUAUGCUCUCAAGUGGUGGCCUAUGGAUAUACCAGAGGGUAUUCGUGCAAAAAAUGUGACGGCAAGUAGUGAACUAUCAAGUAUCGGUUACGAGGAUGGAGUCACUGUAAACAUCGAAAGGAUUCUCGUUGAUGAACUGAUCCCAGGAGUAGAAUACUUUUUCACUGUCUACACGGUAUCCUAUGAUCUCGUUAGUGAUACCUCGAGCCUGAAGACCCGCACGAGUGAAAAGGAACUGGGAACCGAUCAAGUGCCGCUGAUUCAAUCGGAGGUAGUAUUGGCGGUCGACAGCAACCAGCCGGACUCGCUGACUUUGCGCUACACGCCGACGCCCAACGGCGAGUCGUCGCGUUUUGAUCUCUACCGUUUCCGUAUCAACAACGCCUUCAACACCACUCAGGAACGUAUCGUCAACGAUACCGACACCAAAGUCAGAUUUACUGGGCUCACACCCGGACGACUCUACAACGUCACUGCUUGGACUAUUAGUGAAAACGUCGAAAGCAAACCACUCGUCCGUCAGGAUCGACUAUAUCCCGAGCAGGUCACGUCGAUCAACGCCACUGAAAUCAAUGGCACGAGCAUCACCUUAGCCUGGGACCCACCACGCGGUGAAUACGACUCCUUCCAAGUGCAAUACAUAAAUGCUGACAACAUUUACGUCCAGAACAUCACGUCGUCUAACAGCAUAACCAUUACUGAUCUCAAACCACAUCGCAACUACACGUUCACGCUCGUCGUGCGUUCUGGCACUGAAUCCAACUAUCUAAGACUGUCAAACCCAGUGAGUGCGAGCUUUACCACGAGUGAAUCGAUUCCCGGCAGAGUUGACAAGUUUCAUCCGAUAGACAUUCAACCCAGUGAAAUUAGUUUUGAGUGGUCGCUGCCCAGUCAAGAACAGAAUGGCGUUAUUACCAAGUUUAGCAUUGGUUACAGCUUGGAGCCGUCGACGCACAUGCAGUACCGAGACUUCGCAGCAAAUGAGUUCCGUGGCACCAUCAAGAACUUGAUCCCCGGCAAGACUUACGUUUUUCGUAUCCAAGCGGAAACUCGUGUGGGUUACGGCCAAGCGGCCGUUUGGAAGCAGAGUAUGCCCAUCCUCGCACCACCAAAGCCUGCUUCGCAAGUUGUACCGACCGAAGUAUGCCGGACAAGCACUACCAUUCAAAUUAGAUUCCGCAAGAAUUACUUUAGCGAGCAAAACGGUGCCAUUACUUCGUAUACUAUUAUCGUCGCCGAGGACGAUAGUAAGAACGCCAGCGGUCUCGAGAUGGCAAACUGGAGAGACGUGCAAGCUUACAGUAUUUGGCCGCCUUAUCAGGUGAUGGAACCGUACUAUCCUUUCAAAAAUAGCACCGUCGAGGACUUUACUAUUGGUACAGAGAAUUGUGAGAACAAGAGCGGCUACUGCAAUGGACCUCUUAAAUCUGGUUCGACAUAUCGGGUGAAAGUGCGAGCAUUCACGGCACCCGAAAAAUUCACAGACACUAGUUACAGUUUCCCCAUACAAACCGGAUUGCUGUUGGCAGAUAAGGACAACACGGCAAUCAUUGUGGGAGUGACGGUGCCAAUCGUGCUGCUGCUAACCCUGCUCGGCAUCGGACUGCUAAUCAGGCGGCGCAGGAGCCAAGGACGCAAAACCACCGAGACCCGUGCGACCGAUGACCUCUCGCUACCCGACAGCGUUAUUGAAACUAGUCGACCAAUCAGGGUAGACAAUUUUGCGGAGCACUAUCGCAUAAUGUCCGCGGACUCGGACUUCCGCUUCUCGGAGGAGUUCGAGGAGUUGAAGCACGUAGGACGUGAUCAACCUUGCACUGCAGCGGACUUGCCGUGCAACAGACCGAAAAAUCGCUUCACCAACAUUCUUCCGUAUGACCAUAGCAGAUUCAAACUUCAGCCCGUUGAUGAUGAGGAGGGUUCGGACUACAUUAAUGCCAAUUACGUACCAGGGCACAAUUCGCCUAGAGAGUUCAUUGUUACACAAGGUCCUCUUCAUUCGACGAGGGAUGAUUUUUGGAGAAUGGUUUGGGAAAGCAAUAGCAGAGCUAUUGUUAUGCUUACUCGUUGCAUCGAGAAAGGUCGUGAAAAGUGCGAUCACUACUGGCCAACGGACACUCUUCCAGUUUAUUAUGGAGACAUAUCUGUCACUAUUCUCAAUGAGACACACUACUCUGAUUGGAGUAUCACAGAAUUCAUGCUCCGCAGAGGUGACGUGAAACGAAUAAUUCUACAUUUCCAUUUCACAACCUGGCCCGACUUUGGCGUUCCGUCACCUCCGACAACUUUGGCUCGUUUUGUGCGCGCAUUUCGCGAGCGCGUCAAACCUGACCAACGUCCGAUAGUAGUGCACUGCAGUGCUGGAGUCGGUCGUAGCGGUACGUUUAUCACACUCGAUCGUAUACUCCAACAGAUCUUGGUUAGCGACUACGUGGACAUAUUCGGCAUUGUGUGGGCGAUGAGAAAGGAGCGCGUCUGGAUGGUGCAAACUGAGCAGCAGUACAUUUGCAUACACCAAUGUCUCUUGGCGGUGCUCGAGGGUCAAGAUAAUGCCGGUCCACCCCGGGAGAUACACGACAAUCAGGGCUUUGAAGGAAAGAAUCAAAAUUCGGUCGAGAGCACAAAAAGCCUAGAUGAGGCUGACAGUGAAAAUGAAAACGAGUCGGAUGAUGAGAAUGAAACUGAAAAAGAAAAUGAUAAUGAUCAUAACAGUCAAAAUGAAAAUGAAAGAGUUCUCAGUAAAAAAGAUACUGACGACGAAAAUAAUGUCGAUGACGAUGAUGAUGAUGAUGAUGAUGAUGAUAAUGAUAAUAAAUCAUUUAGCAAUGAUAAUGAGAACGGAAAUGAGAAUGAAAACGAGUCUGAAAAUGAAACUGAAAAUGAAAAUGAACUUGAAAACGAAUAUAAACCUUUGAAAGAAAACGAUAAUGAUAAUGAAAAGGACAGAUGACAUUCGAGCAGCGAGUACUACUCCGACGAUGAUGAAGGUAUUGCGGAGUCAGGAAUAUAAUGAACGUGAAAGACUGAUACCAAGCAUCUCAAGGGAUGAGGUGUUGCUGAACGAGAUCGAGGAAGAAGAGGAUGAUGACGGAAAUGUAUCGCUCGGGUUAACGUCACAAUCCGAAUUGACAAGGCAUGAAAGUUCUGAGGACAUUCCGAUUGAUUCAUCACCGCUAAUUAUUCGGCAUCGGCUAAAUAGGUGACAAAGCGAUGUCGUUGAAGCAACGACGCCUGUGUGAAGCAUUCGAUUUUCGAUCGAAAAAAAAGCAGCAGUCUCCGUCCAUUUUGCGGACGUUCAAUAGAACGUUCAAAGCAAGAGUUUGAGGGUAGUCGAGGAGAUGCAUUGAUGAUUACGCGACGAAUUUUCUGUUCAACUUGCCUACAUUUAAUACAAAUUCUAUAUUUUCUCGAAUAACUUUUUCCAGAAGCAAAAGCUGCUUUGUCCAAAAAAGCAUUAUUAUAAUUUGAAGUAUCAUUCUGAGUUGGGACAAUCAAAAUCUAAUAAUUUGUAAGCAUUCACAAAGCAUUUUAAACAAAAAAGAAAAACUAUUUCUUCGUUGAUUAAAUAUUGUUAAAUUUAUUUUGACCACUAAAUUAAAUGUAUUAAAAUUUUAGUUUUCAUUUUUUUCCUAUUAUCACGUUAUAUUCGUACAUACUUUUUUUAUCUAAACUUUAUAGUGCUUCCAAAGUCGAAACAGUAUACACAAAUAUAUAUUUAUUUGAUGAUAUAGAUUUAUUACAGUUAAAUCAACAAAAAAAUCCAAUAAAAAUUACGUUUGUGAAUUUGAGAAGUUAGUUUCGUUUGAAGAUUGAUUCAUACUCAAUACCUCGGCUACCUCGACGAUUACGUAUUUAUAAUUGUAAAUAAUUAGUUACGUUAAUCAUGUAAUUAAAUAGUUCGAUUAAGAACAUUUGUUAGGUAGUUUUGUGAUAUGAAAUUUUAAUUAUCAACUGUAUUAUUAUGGCCCUGUGCGGAGCUAUUACUAUUAAUUAUUUAAGGAUAUUGCACGAUAGCUACUAUCAUUAACUGCUAAUUUUUAAUUAUAUGUCAAUAGUUGAUUUAUCGAAAUAACUAAUCCAUUUAAUUAACUGAUCUUUUACUUAUAUUGUUUAAAUUGUACAUAAACAUUCAACUAAUCUGCUCAGAUUCAUAACUGACAAGUAUAUUGUUCGAAUACAAUAUUGUAAACAAGAAAGCGAUUUCCAUUUAGAAAGUAAAAAUUCGUACUGAUAACAUGUCAAAUAUUUCAAUUUAUAAAAAGAAAACGCAUUCAUUUUAAGGGCUUUGUAAGCGUCUCUUCAAAAGUUUGUUUCAAUUGAAUCCGUACUCUUUUAUAAACAAAUAGUACUAGAGAGGCAAAAAUAUGUGGGAACAAGAAACUCGCAUUUUCAUAGGAAGCCAUAUCUUAUCGCGGGAAUUUUCUCUCAAAGUGAAAGCCGUGAAUUAAAAUUAAAGCAGCAUUGUAACUUAGCUAAAAAAAAGUUUAAAAUCUUGGACCUUGUUUCAUUCAUCUCAAGAGUGGUGAAGGUUCAGAAAUGAAACAUGUUGAAAAAUUACUCAUAGUUACGAUGAAAGUAUGCAAGUUUCAGUAAUUGCAUCUGUACAUAACAAUAUAUUCAAUUUCUGUAUAUUCUUGAAAUUUGUUUAUGAUACUCAAACUUCAGCUUUAAAGUGAAUAAUUAGAAUGUGUACAGUGGGAAAGUAAUAUAAAUGAGAUAUCAUAGUUUGUAAAGUGAAUUCCUUGGAAUGACAGGACGUUUAAUGCCUAAGAGUGAAACAUAAAUUUUAUUUCCAACCUGUGCUUUAAAGCAUCUUGUAAUCACAUAUCCAUAAAUCGCUAAUUGUUGGAAGGUGCCACGAUCCUCGUUGGUCGUAAUGAAUUAUGAUUCUGAGUUACCGACAAAAUUAGGUCUAAAAACUCUUCUGCUAAUAUUCCGAGACUAGCUAAUUGUAUAAAUGUAUAAUACAACAUUAAUCUUUAGAUUGUGAUUUUUCUUACUUUUCUAACCGUUCAUAGAUUUGUCGGUAAAUCAGUCUUCCUAGAAUCUAAUUAAAUAACAAUAAAUAUAAUGAUCGUAAAAAGAUAUUCGUUUAAGAUACGUCAUUGUCAUUAUUAAAAAAAAAAGCUCAAAGGUUGCAAAGAUCAAACAUUCUAUUACGAAUUGUAUAAUUAUUAUAAUUGUUAUUGUUUUGCAGCAUUUUAUUAUUAUUAGUUAAUAUUACUAUGAAUUAGUAUUAUUAUAGCAUCGGUAUCGAUACUUUGUUUAUAAUUUUGCCAUUAUUUAAAUUGUGCUCGGCAAUUAUUCCACGUUUAAUUGAAGUAACGUCGAUAUGAAUAUUUUUAUUCAGCGAGAAAUGUUGAUAGCCUAGUGGAAUUUGUCAAUUCCUGGUUGAAGUAAAGUUGUUUUGUCCAUUAAAAAUUCUAUUUUUUCAUAAACGCACUAUAUUACAGUUUUAUGACAAAAUGAAGUAUUCAUAGUUCCCUCGUAUACAAUUUUUUACUGCAAAAAAUUUUUUUUGCUCAAUUUUCGAAUUAAGGAUUUUAUAACGAAUGAAUUUCAAGUUUUUAUUUUUGGAAAAAUCAUGACAUACGAAGAGAACAAUUUUGUGUACUUAAUUCACGAAAAAAUCAUUGUACGUUUAAAAUUUUUCGUAAUGUAGUAAAUUUUUGUACAAAGUAUUACAAUAUAAGUCUGGAAUUCCACGAAAAAGGAAAAAACUGUCAUAACGUAACAGGCUUCAAACAUAUACAAUGCCUCGGCGAAUGUGUGUGUGCGCUUGAAAUUGCAGGUGGAGCAAAGAUAAGCCGGUAAAGCAUUAUUGUGUCGACGAAAAUAUUCCAAUUUUUGAGUAUGAUUUGUUACGAAUGGUUGAUAGUUCUAACGAAGUGCAAAAUAGUCGUAAUCUGUGCAGUUGAUUGAACGAAUCUCGAACAAAUUGUUGGAGCCACUACGUACACUAUGUAUUACAAAUAUCUUAAUUGUAAAGAAAUCCUCUAACGUUCUUACGUUAUUCUGUGAUAAUUGACACAUUACAAUUGUCUAUUGAUGUUCAGUCGCAGAUAGUAACACUCCGUUCGUUUUUACUUUGCAUUUUAUAACGUCGACGUCGUAAAUGAAAAACAAAAAUAAUCCAACAUCUUUGACGUCAAAAGAAAACAGCGUACGGUUGGCCUUUACACGUCAUCGAAUAUUUGUCGAACUGAUGUAACGAUUUGUAACAAAAAAUUUUUUAAUAACUUGUUUAUUAUAUAUGGGUGUGAUUUAUGUAUGUGCGUGCGUAUGUAUGGUGCGUGUGUGCCUGUAUGUAGGUUUGUGAUGUAUGUGUGUAUGUAUGUAUAUACGUAUGUCUGUAUACGCCAUGAACUUCCAAUUUUUUAAACUAAAUACAUCUUUUUAAAAACUUUUUAACAUUUUUACAAAUUUUUUUAUAGUUUUUGUGUACGAAGAAAUAAUAUUUUUUUGUAAAAUUCUUUUUUGGAAUCCAGACGUCGAUUAAUGCGCAUAAUAAACAUGGU